AUGGCACGUCCUCCCAUUUACAAGACAGAUCAGGCCAAACUAGAGGCAUCUCUUCCUGACCAAGUAAAUAAAAGAAACAGGGACAGUAUACUGCAAAGGUGGCGAGAGCUUCGCAUCAUCAAGCCAUCACAGGAGAUAUUGGAAAUUCAAAAAGCUCUUGCCGAGGCCUUGGGCUAUGAAGAUGAUGCUACUGCAUCCGAGACGGAGGCAGACGAUGAUGAGAAUGACCAACUAUUCAAUCUCCCAGAGUGCCUCCUUGAUAUAAAAAACGUCAAGGACGAGAUGCUGGCAUUAGUCCCAGAACCCUGCGCAUUUACGGAGGGCGUCCUCCUUCAAUAUGUCAAAAGCCUUCCGGAUGAUGGGAAUGCCAAGGGUGAUACCUUGAUCGUCAACACUCCAAAACUUCAGGUUGAAGCCUUACUCCACCGUGCAAUUUUUGCGCAGGACCAGAUCAUGAAUUUCUGUGGAGUGUCAGCUGAGUCUCGCGCUGCUGAAUCAGUCUCACAUUACUUAAACACCGUGCUUGGUUAUCUGGAGGACAUUCAGUAUUAUUUGGACAUUGAAGGGAUUUCCGAGUUGACAAUUGCCCACUCAAUGGAAUACAGUUUGUUCAUGCGAGAUAUCCACGCUGCCCUUAACGCACUUGAGGAUCUUCGUACAGAUGCCCGUGCUAUGGCUCCUCGACGAUGGGCAUCACCAGAGGAGGAGGAAUUUGUGUACAUGUUCUACGAGCAGUAUCAACAGUGUCAAGCAAGGAGGGACUACAGUACCUUCUGGAAGCCCUUCUAUGAGGCUUGGGGUGCCAAAUUUCCCGAGUGGCUUGUUGUCUUUCCCGAUAUUCCUUUAGAUGAAGAUCUAAAUGGGGAACAAAAGCAAAUUGUUAGUAAAGUGUACGAAGAGCGGAAGCUGCAACUCAUGCACAAGCUUCGUAAUGACUGGGGUUCAUCAAAGGCAUUGUGCAAAGCAAAGAAUAACAGAGAAAAAACUUGCGCAAGCUUGAUCGCCAGUAUCACAGCCCCACAGAGAGCCUGUGCUUUGCAAUCCCACGAAGCCUAUUCUAAGCUGUAUUUUGCGACCCGCGGGAAGCCCACUGUAGAUGCUGAGAUGCAAUGUCUUCAACAUGUUGCAAAUCUGGCGAAGUUAGGUAACAGAAUGGACAAGAGGGGGGAAAAGGAUAUCAAUGACACCACUGCUGACGAUCCAACGAGUAGCUCCAUGGAGAAAGGUCAGCUUCCCAAGAGGAUUGCUGUCAUAAAGCGAGUAACACGGGAAUUAUACGAUCACGAGACCCCAGAAGUCAAAGCUGAAGUGGCAGCAUAUAUCGAGCAGCUCAACGAGAAGAAAAGUCAGGACUCAGAGGCUGCGAAGACGGGGGAAGAUAUAGAUCAUCAAGUGACCAUUGAUCAGCUUGUCGACAUCCUGGCAGAGUUCUUUCAAGAGCUUGAGCGACUCACAGGGUGGUCCUUCUCUGUCCUCAUGGGUGGGCCCACACCUGCAUUAGGAGGAAAGAUUGAUGUCAGCAGCUUCCAUGUUGGAUGUACCGAGAUGGGGAACCUCUUUUCAGAAGCAUAUCCUCACUUCAAUAGCACGAUAAUGAAACCUUGGGUAGAGUUUGUUAAUCGCGCACAUCCAACUGCUGCAGCAAAAGGACUUCGGAAAGAUGGUGGCGUAGAGUCGAUGAAUGACACCAAGACUGUCGGCGUCGAAUCAAUUGAUCCGAGUCACACGGUUAUGAAUCACCAUGUGACAAAUACGUCGGAGCAGAAUCCCGCAAUGUCCGACUCAUCCAACUUGGACACCACCGCCCUUCUUCCACCCCUUGAUGAGUCAGACGAACUCAAUAUUCUCGCCGAUGCCUUCUUAGCAUCGCCCGAAUAUUCCCAACAUCAAGCUUCAGCUUCAUCUUCCAAUACAUAUUCCUCCAUCAAUCCAUAUGAUGAUUUUUCUUGGAUGCCGCUAGCAUCACAGCCGUCAGCAGAAACCUCUGAACAGGGCAAGACAUACGCACCUGGGCUCUUUCUACCCCAGCCUUCGCCUCAGCUACCCCAGCCUUCGCCUCAGCUACCCCAGCCUUCGCCUCAGCUAUCCCAGCCUUCACCUCAGCUACCCCAGCCUUCGCCUCAGCUAUCCCAGCCUUCACCUCAGACAUGCCCUUCUACACUGCCAUUCCCUCCCCUGUCAACCAUGAACUCUACAAGUCCCACCGCAGUCAGCAUCUUGAUGCCGUCGCCUGUUGAUCAAUCUGUGGACUCGCCUGAUGCAAGUCUUAGUGUCCCUCCUCCCCACACUUCCAAACGACGCAGACACCACGAUAGCAACAAGAGUGAAAUCUCUGAUGCUCUGGUCGCUGGCCACUCUAAGCGGGUCCGCAUGGGAUCAAAGUGCAAUGAUAUUGCGAAUAGCAUCGGGCAAGACACUACUAAGUUGGCUACCCAAAGGAAAAGGGCCUGA